CAAAACCACAGCGACGCUCUUCUUCAGCAGACUUGUCUCUUAAUAAUGCUCAUUAAUGACUUAGAAAGUUUUUUCCUUCAUCAUGAUGUAAAGCUGGUUUGUUAGAGUUUUGGAGACAGAAAUGUUUAAGGCGUAGUUGAGGUGGAUUUGGAGUAAUUCGCAGGUAAGUCUGUUGGAUUUAUCCAUCAGGUUGUCCUGAAAAGACUCACAAAGACUGUUUUGCUGGCGGCACGAGUCAUGAGUUCACGGUCAGUGUGCAGUGAUGAACCCGCGGGAUAACUCCCAUUUGGAUUUUUCACUGUUUGAGCAAAUUUCUUCAGCUUUUUCUGGAGAUUAUGGGUCAAACACAUGGAACCGUGGACAAGGAGGUGACGCUUAAAAACAUCCAGAAGCUCUACCGCAAGUUUAUCUUCGAGUGUCCCAGUGGAAAUCUGCACUUACACGAGUUCAAGAGGAUCUUUGGAGUCAACAGCAGCUCAACAGAGGAAGAAUCCGCAUAUAUGGACAAUUUAUUCCAGUCCUUCGACACAAAUAAGGACGGUAAAAUCGACUUCAUGGAGUACGUUGCCGGCGUUCAUCUGAUUCUUCGAGGAAAAUUGGAGGACAAACUGAGAUGGUCCUUUAAAAUCUAUGACGGUGACGGAAACGGCUGUCUGGAGAGGGAAGAAGUAAAAAACAUUCUCCAAAUCAUCUAUACAAUAAAGAGCCACAAUGAUGAGGACACCACUGAGACCGUUGACGACAUCUGCAACAGAAUAUUUCAACUGCUGGACAAAAACGACGACUGUGAGAUUUCUCUGGAGGAGUUUGUUGAAGGAGCUGAGAAGGAUCCCUGGUUGAUGGAUCAGCUGCAGCUGGACAUCCGGCCUCGAGACUGGUUCAUUGAAAAGCAGGAGAAGAUAACCAGUCAUGAUAAACGAUUGGACACCGAGUUGUGAUAAUAAUCUGCCAAAAUAGCCCGAACUGUGCUAUUUGAUCUGCGAGGAGCAGAACGAAACCCUGAGGUCUUUGAAAAUGAGGAUUGGAGAUAUCUAAUCACACACACUUGACUUUUCACCCUUCAUUUGGUUGUUGUGAACAAUUAGAAAUCCCACAAGUAUUCUAAAUCCUUGAUUAUACUUUGUCAUACACAGACAGAUCCCCAGUGAUGCUUAGUUGUUGUCAUUAUACUACUUUCCUGUCUGCAGGAGUCCGCUUGGAAGAUUGUGUUGCAUAUAUACGCAGUAGCGCACACACACACACACACUACUGCCUUUAUAGUGUAGUUUUUGUGCUGACACAUUGUGGACUACACACAAACAGGGUCCAUUUAUAUCCUUGUGGACUUGGGGACAUGAUGAAACUUAUGCCAUGUGGACUCUCACAUACUUGAAGACACAAAGUAUGAAGCCUUGAUUGUACUCAACACAGACACUAAUGGAUACAUAGUUGUUGUUUAGAGAGGACAUUUGGUCAGAUUUAACCAUUUAUUUCGGAAUGGCAUGCAUUUGUGUUUGCCGGUGACUCUGUUAGAGUGAUGCUCUGGAACAAUCUGAGCAAGCAUGACACUGACAGUCCCUGAGAUCACAAAGCCCCAGCAGAGCCUGAGAUUCACACCGUUUACAUGAGUACAGUGUAACACAGAAACAAGGACACAAACUCCACUUUACAUAGUUUCAAUGUACACGUGUGAACAAUCUGCAUUCUAAAGUCCCACAAAACAUGACAAACAACUUUUAUUCUUUUUUCCUCUACCGAUUAGAAAGCGUGUCUCCGAAUGAGCAGUUCAGGUUUGCAGCUUGUUGAGAUGGUAUAUGACAAGAUGUGAAUGUUCCCAACAGUGCAGAUGCAGAGGUGUGCUGCAGCCCUCUUUGUACAAUUGUAAGAGUUAUGAUAUCGAACCUUUAAAAAGGAGGAGGUUGGGGAGAUUUGCUGCUCUUUAGAGGCUGGUGUAGCAGCAAUGUGGUGAGGGUGGAGCAGGCAGAAUGAAUGAACACUGCUUCGGUUAUAAAGCACGUUAGAUGGGUGGGCUGGACUUCAGUAGUAAACAACUGUACAGAAAAGGGCCAUGUGACACCCUGACUCUGUGCCUGUAUGAUAUCGCACAAAGCUUCAUUUAACUACUGCUUCAGUCUGUGGGACUCUGCUUGGAGGACUCUGUUGCAUACAUGUGUAUUUGUCGUAUCUGCAUAUUCCACACAGACAUGCUACUGCUGAGGAAGUACAGUGUAGCCGUUGCAUAGUUAUAUGGAUACAAAUUUUGGUCUGCACAUGUGCAGAAAGGUCUAUGUGAAAUCUCACAAGCUUGCAGACACAGAAAGUACAGCAUCGACCUAAAGGCCAAUUAUACUGCCUGUCCAAAAAAAAAGUCACCACCUGGAUUUAACUAAGCAAAUUGGUAGGAGCCUUCCAUUGGAUAAUUACUGCAGUGAUGAAUGCGUUUCAGCUGCAACAACUUCUUUAACCCUAGCUGAUGCAGUGAGGAGCGUCUCAUUUCUUAAACAACUGUGUUAGAAGACAUAUCCUGUGGUCAUGGAAGGGACUUUAGUCUGUCAAGGGUCAAAUUAUUGGCCUGCAUCAAGCAAAGAAAACAACUAAGGAGAUUUAUGAAACUACUAAAAUCAGGUUAAGAACCAUCCAACGCAUUAUUAAAACCUGAGGGAUAGUGGUGGACCAUCAUCUUCGAGUAACAAAUGUGGUCAGUCAUGUGAUCUGAUGAGUCCAGAUUUACCAUGUUCCAAAGUGAUGGGUGCAUCAGGGUAAGAAGAGAGACAGGUGAAGUGAUGCCCUCAUCAUGUCUAGUACCUACCAGCCUGUGGGGGUUAGAGUUAUGAUCUGGGGUUGGUCAGGUUCAGUAACAUUAUGUUCCCAAAGAAUGAGGUCAGCUGACUACCUGAAUAUACUGAAUGACCAGGUCUUUCUAUCAAUGGAGUUCUUCUUCCCCGAUGGCAUGUUCCAAGAUGAUGAUGCCAGGAUUCAUGGGGGCCACAUUGUGAAUGAGAGGAUCAGGGAGAAUGAGAUUUCAUUUUCACACAUGGAUUGUCCUCCCCAGAGUCCAGACCUCAGGAACAUUGAGAAUCUUUGGGAUGUGCUGGAGAAGACUUUGUGCAUCGAUCUGACUCUCCCAUCAUCAAUGUAAGAUCUUGGUAGAAAAUUAAUGCAACUCUGGACAGAAAUAAAUGCUGUGACAUUACAGAAGCUCAUUGAAACGAUGCCACCGCGAAUGUGUGUCGUUCUCAGAGCUAAAGGUGGUCCAACAAAAUAUUACAGUGUGCAACUUUGUUUUUGGACGGGCGGUGUAUAUCUUCAACCAAUGUGGAAAAACACAAUUUAACUCACCCUGCAACAGGUAUGCAUCGGUCUGCUGCACAGACGGUUGCAUUGCUCUUCAUACCUAACAUAGAAAAACACUCAUAGGCGUUUCUGAAAGGCUGUGACUUUGCACAUUUUUUACAGGAUAAAAGAACUGGGUACAGACUGGACUGUAGCACUGAUUAUUCCUGAGGUGUGUCCAGCAUUGUGGGUGCACAUAGCACAGGAUAACUGGAGAUUUAAGAACUUCCAACCGUGUUGUGGAACCACCAUUGGAAAGUAUUCAGGAAUAGAAAAACACCAUAAAGUCCUGCUUCAAUUACAGCUCUAUCAAUGAAGACAUUAAAAAGUGUGGACAACUGAGAAUCUUACAAGCACAUUUUGUUUUAAGCAUUGCAAUGUACACUACUGUUCAAAAGUUUGGGAUCACUUAGAAAUGUCCUUAUUUAUGAAAGAAAAGCAUUAUUUCAAUGAAGAUAACAUUAAAUUAAUCAGAAAUACAGUCUAGACAUUGUUAAUGUGGUAAAUGACUAUUCUAGCUGGAAACAGCUGAUUUUUAAUGGAAUAUCUCCAUAGGGGUACAGAGGAACAUUUCCAGCAACCAUCAAUCCCGUGUUCUAAUGCUACAUUGUGUUAGCUAAUGGUGUUGAAAGACUAAUUGAUGAUUAGAAAACCCUUGUGCAAUUAUGUCAGCACAUGAAUAAAAGUGUGAGUUUUCAUGGAAAACAUGGAAUUGUCUGGGUGACCCCAAACUUUUGAACAGUAGUGCAUCUGCAGCGUCAUGUUUUAUGUCAGGUCUAAAGUUACGUUUAGGAGACACUCCAUGAGCAGUGGAACAACUCCUGGCAGCAUCAUUUGCUUUUUCAGGAUGUUGUAUAUUUGGUUCAGCCCCAGAUGUCACUCUUUUACAGAUUCGCCUGCAGAGAAAAGCACAUUAGCCACAACUAAGUGUGACUUAUCAGAUCACGGAAUGGUUUGUCUCAUCAUCAAGCCAACAAAACUUGAUGAUCAAAAUCCUUUGAGAAACAUGAAAAGUAUUAAUUGUAUUUUGACUACCUUGCUUCGUGGGAUUUAGGACAAAUGUUUGUCAACUGAUGUCAACUAUGUCUGUUUUUCAGCUCAAAAAUCUCAUUGAAGGGGAGAUUUUGCAUUGAAAAUCGCUGCUGUAUCAUAAAAGUCUUGUGUAUUACAUGUUUACUGCUGUUUGUAAAUGUCUUAUCACUGUGUGCCUGGUUUAAAGCCUGGAGUGCAUGUUUCUUCUUGCAUAUGUGCUUUAAAAACACUGAUCUGAACAGUUUAAUCUGUUUUAAAAGCUUAUCAGAAGAUGAAUAUUGAAGAAAAUAACUGCAGCAAAUCAACGAGCCACAUUUUCCUUUCCACUGUCUGACUGGCUCAACUGCUGAUGUGGUGUAAAUAUUGUAAAGUUCUCAACACACCUGUUGUGUUGAAAAUAAAGAGAUGUUUAAGCAUA